CGUUCGGCUAAUGCUUCGCGCCCAAAAGCAGUACAGAGGAAGUUAGCUGAACAGAUUAACCCUACGUACAAGCAGCAUCCAGAACCCUCAACGCCAUUCCAAAAGGUUAAACAGCUUCUGAUAGACGUAUCGAGAAGGGAAGUGCAAUCAACAACAUGACAGACAAUCGACGACAAGUGUGGUUAGAAGGACAGGCAUCAACUGCCGCGACUUCCACAUGCACGCACAACCCCUCCACAAACCCCCGCCCCGCCCCGCACUCCCGCGCCGGAAAGCUGGAAGGAAGAGCGAGGCGGGACCAAGGCCAAGAGCGGGAAGCAGCGGAAAACCAGCCCAGACCAGCCCAGCUCGCAAGCGAAAGCCAAGCCACAGCCAAGCCUUGCGAAGCUCAACCAAGCCUCAAGGCGGGCGACGGCAGACGGCGGGCCGAUCGCGGCUGUUGAUCCUUCGCUCGCGCUGAGAUGAGAUACCUAUCAACAUGUGGAUCCAGUAGUCUUUCUUGCUGACACCUCCGUCAGCAGCCACACGCGCGCGCCCUUGCUCCCAUCGCCCCAUCUACUCUAC